AUGCCUGUAGAUACUAUCACGAAUAGAUAUAAAAAAGAAGACGAAGAUGCCGACAUACGUCUCCUUCACGAAAUGGGCUAUGUACAAGAACUCUAUCGCGGAAUGUCACCAUUUAUGUCUUUUACAUUUUGUUUCACUGCCAUGCAUGUAUUAGCAUCGAUAACAUUAGGUUUUACUUCCACGUUGGUUACUGGAGGUUCAGCAGUAGCUUUGUAUUCUUGGAUAAUUGGAUCUAUAUUUACUGUUUUUGUUGGCUUGUCUUUAGCAGAAAUUGCAUCAGUCUAUCCAAGUGCUGGAUCGGUCUAUCAUUGGGCUGGACAGUUAGUAUCUAUUCAACAAGCACCGGUAAUGUCUUUUAUAUGCGGUUGGAUCAACUUUCUAGGGAAUGUCGCCGGUGAUGCUGCAUACGCUUCAGGCUUUGCCAAUGUCAUUAGUUCAGUAUUCAUUGCUAAUGAUAAACCUGCACUGAGUAAUGGCGUACAAGUAGCCAUCGGUAUUUUUACUCUGUUUCUCUACGCCGCACAAAAUGCUCUUCGUAUCGAUCAAAAUGGAUGGAUGAAUAAUAUUGCAGCAAUUUUUCAAAUAGUAUCCUCAUUGGUAAUGGUGUUUGUGCUAUAUGCAGGAAGUGAACAUAAAGUCACUGUUUACGAAUUGUUUACAUCAACAUACAAUGGUACAGGCUUUCCAUUUGCUUAUGUAUGCCUUAUUGGGAUUCUCUCGGCGUUAUUUCCAUUGUCCGGUUAUGAAGGUAACGUACGAUGUUUGAGAUAUAACUGGAUUGAAAUCAUACUUGCUAAUAUAGGCGGUGCACAUCUAGCUGAGGAAACACAGAAUGCAAGUCGAGCAGUUCCAAGAGGCAUUGUUGCUACAUGCUUGUGUAGCAUUGUCUUUGGUGCUAUCUAUUUAUUUGCUUUGCUGUUUGCCAUUCCAAAUGUUAAAGAUUUUAUGGCUCAUCAUGAAGGAGGAAAUGGUAAAAUGAAUUUAGCUGUAGCUACUUAUCAAUUGGCCGUACCAGGAGUUGGUGCACAGAUCUUAAUUUUUAUUCUCCUGAUAAAUCUUUAUGCCGGCGGAAUGUCUUCUAUGACAGUUAGCAGUCGAAUUGGAUUUUCUUUGGCUCGAGAUGGUGUGUUUCCUUACUCAUCUUAUCUACGUCGUGUAUAUCAAAAAACUAAGACACCAUUGGUCAACAUCAUCUUUGUAUUUGUUCUCGAUGCAUUGUUUGUUUUAUCGCAAUUAUUUUCUACAGGAUUAUUUUUAUGUUUGGUUGCUAUCGGGACGAUUGGUCUUCAAAUAUCUUAUUUAAUGCCGAUUUUGUUUCGCUGUACAGUCGCGCGAAAAACAUUUGCUAAAGGAGAAUUUAAUUUAGGGGUAUUUGGUAUACCCGUUGCAGUCAUUUCUUCGAUAUGGUUGACACUAACGUCGAUCAUCAUGUUUCUUCCAAUGAGAUAUCCGAUAACGAUUGAUAACAUGAACUACACUAUUGUCGCCUUUGCCGGGGUCUUCAUACUUGCAGGAGGCUAUUGGUUCUUUGCUGCUCGCCACUGGUUUGUUGGUCCUCGACGAACAGAUUAUACUAUACCUUUGUUACCAGCCGGAGGUGUACAUAAUGAAGAUAAGUUAACAAACGAGUCUAUGUUGGUCGAAUAA